AUGGAUGAGAAGCCGCAAGGCCUGCAGGGGCCCCCGGCCCCCCAGUUCCAGCCUCAGAAGGCCUUGCGGCCGGACAUGGGCUACAACACGCUGGCCAACUUCCGGAUCGAGAAGAAGAUCGGCCGCGGGCAGUUCAGCGAGGUGUACCGGGCGUCCUGCCUGCUGGACGGCGUGCCCGUGGCCCUGAAGAAGGUGCAGAUAUUCGACCUCAUGGACGCCAAAGCCCGUGCCGACUGCAUCAAAGAAAUAGACCUGCUCAAGCAACUCAACCACCCGAACGUGAUCAAAUAUUACGCGUCCUUCAUUGAAGACAACGAACUGAACAUCGUUCUGGAGUUAGCCGAUGCCGGCGACCUGUCCAGGAUGAUAAAGCACUUUAAGAAGCAGAAGCGGCUGAUUCCGGAGCGCACCGUGUGGAAGUACUUUGUGCAGCUGUGCGGCGCCAUGGAGCACAUGCACUCCCGCCGCGUCAUGCACCGAGACAUCAAGCCGGCCAACGUGUUCAUCACGGCCAUGGGCGCGGUCAAGCUCGGGGACCUGGGCCUCGGCCGCUUCUUCAGCUCCAAGACCACGGCCGCGCACUCCCUGGUGGGCACCCCGUACUACAUGUCUCCCGAGCGGAUCCACGAGAACGGCUACAACUUCAAGUCGGACAUCUGGUCCCUGGGCUGCCUGCUGUACGAGAUGGCCGCCCUGCAGAGCCCCUUCUACGGCGACAAGAUGAACCUGUACUCGCUGUGCAAGAAGAUCGAGCAGUGCGACUACCCGCCGCUGCCCUCCGACCACUACUCGGAGGAGCUCCGGCAGCUGGUGAACAUGUGCAUCAACCCCGACCCCGAGAAGCGGCCGGACAUCGCCUACGUGUACGACGUGGCCAAGAGGAUGCACGCGUGCACCUCAAGCAGCUGA